GGCAACAAUAGUUUCGUUGGAAGACUUUGAGCAAAGGCUGAACCAGGCUAUUGAGAGAAAUGCAUUUUUAGAAAGUGAGCUGGAUGACAAGGAAUCGUUGCUUGUUUCUGUGCAGAGGCUAAAGGAUGAAGCGAGAGACUUACGGCAAGAGCUAGCAGUACGGGAGAGGCAACAGGAAGUCACACGGAAGUCAGCACCCAGUUCUCCGACUCUAGACUGUGAAAAGAUGGAUUCAGCUGUCCAGGCGUCUCUGUCCUUGCCAGCUACACCUGUUGGAAAGGGAUCAGAAAACAGUUUUCCUUCCCCAAAAGCUAUACCAAAUGGAUUUGGUACAAGCCCCCUUACUCCUUCAGCUAGAAUAUCUGCACUCAAUAUUGUGGGAGACCUGUUACGGAAAGUGGGGGCAUUAGAAUCCAAAUUAGCUGCUUGCAGAAAUUUUGCGAAGGACCAGGCAUCACGGAAAUCCUACAUUUCAGGGAAUGUUAACAGCAGCAUGAUAAACAGCAAUGGCACCAAGUACCCUCAUCCGGGGCAUACUUCUUUCUUUGACAAAGGGGCGGUAAAUGGCUUUGAUCAAGGUCCCCCUGGACUGGGAGCCUCCCGACCAUCCUCAGCGCCUGGCAUGCUCCCCCUGAGCGUAUGAGCCUGCAGAAGGUCGUGUUCGGACUUGCGGAUGCUUUUCUCAGCCCACCAAGAGACGAACUGCUCCUGAUCGACUGUUCCCCGUUCCCACCCCGCUGGAACACGACCUGCACCGUG